AUGGAGUUAAAGUUACGCAGGGCGCUGGAUUUCUGCAUCCGCCACCAGACCGCUCUGGGUUGCAGCAUUGUGUCCCUGCUGACGGCUGCCAGCAAGCACAUCUUCUCAUCCGUGGUAUUCAAGUGUCCCUGCAAUUCUGGGAACAUGCUGUAUGGCUCCGUCUUCCUCAUAGUGCCUGCCUUCAUCCUCUUUCUGCUUGGCUACAUGGUGAACGCCAGGACCUGGCGCUUGCUGACAGGCAGCUGCCCUCCGGAGAAGCGCUGCAGCUGCGGCCUCUGGGGAACCUGCGCCCGCUACUGCCAUGUGCUGGUGCCGGUGACAGCCAGAGCCAUGGUGGCCCCCCUCACCUGGAUCGCGGUGGCCCUGCUCGGAGCCAGCUUCUACGACUGCGCAGCCAGUGGGAACAGCCUGAUAAAGAACCUCCUGUGUAAAGAUCAAGGACCAGACUGUCACAAGCUGCUGCUCAAAAUACCCUGCGAUGAGACGUUAUUGAAGCACAUCUCGGGUGAAUUCCUCAGCCUUCAGGCGCAGUCCCAGAUGAUAGGAUGGCUCCUGAUAGCCAGCAUCGUCACCAUUGCACUGAUUUCAACAUGUGUCAGCCACUGUUGCUCCCCAGUUAGCUAUCUUCAGCUCAAGUUCUGGAAAAUUUACAUGAAAAAGGAAAGUGAGCUCUUUAAGAUCAAGGCUGAAGAGCAUGCAACCAGGCUGGCAGAAAUAAAUACAAACUGCUUUUUUGGAGCCAUUGACCCAGCACCAUUUCAGACUCCCAGCAAUGACGACUGGUGGAAGAUUUCAUUCUUGUAUGCCUUCAAUUCAGAGGAGCAGUAUUACAGCAUGAUACACAAGUAUGUUAACACAAACAGAGGCAAGAGCAUUAGAUUUGGGGAAGGAAAUCAGAAUCCCCCUGGUUUAGGAUUUGUGGAUGAAGCAAGCGCAAGUGAAUCAGGGUUUUAA